AUGGAUUCGCACGGUAUUCACCAGAUAGCUGUAGUUAAAGCGUGCGAGAACAUUCUGGAAUCACUAAACAAGGAUACUGCUUCGAGAGUCAUACUUGUCGGUGAAGCUGGAAUAGGAAAGACAUGGCUGGCUCGCAAGAUAUGCGAGCAUGCAACUGGAGAGGAGGGCUCAUGCUACAUCACCCUCUGGUUGAAUCUAAACAGAGAUCUGGAUGAAAUGUCGCUUUACAAGAAUAUAGCAUCUCAGUUAUCCUUGUCGCUUGAGAAUGAAGAGGAUGAGGAGGAUGAUAGCGAUGAGGACGGUAGUAAAGAAGAAGAAGAUGAGAGAACACAGUACUUGAUGAGGUUGAAACAUAAGAUACAUCAAAAACUUAAGAGGAAGAAGCUCAAGGGUAAAGGAAAGAAGUACCCUCUGUUGGUUUUGGAUGAUGAAGGAAGUCCGACGAAAGAAGGAAAAGUGAUGAAAGAUUUGCACCUUAGGGAUUUUCUUGCACCUUACCGACCUCUAAAGAUUCUUCUCACAAGAAGGAAAACAGAAGAAGACGCUAUGGAUAGUGAUGGGGAGAUCGAGUCUCAUCUCGAUAAGUCACAGGCUUUACGGGACAUCCUGAGUGAUGAAUACUUGGUGGAUCUACUCGAAUCCCUUAUCAGCGAGGAAUCACGUUCAAAGCUUCGUUUGGUUGAGGAUUCUUGGGGGACAAAUCAUGAGCUCUUGAGACGACAUAUCGUGAGAAUGAGCAUGCGUUCCCCAGCUGCCCUCGUGGUUCUAGCCAAGUCGCUAAAUUACAUAUGUCAGACUCGUUCCUUUCUGUUUUCUCUUGAGGAGGUUUUCAAAAUCGCGGAUCAUCCCUUGUCUUUUCAAUCUGGUACAGCUACUGGCCGUGAGGGAGCUGCUACUGACAGGUCUAGGGAGAAUCCAAUUCUACGUCUCUCUUAUGAGCUGUUGGAAUCAGCGGAUACCAAGAAGAUUCCUGUUGUUGACUGCUUCUGGCAUAGCUUGAGCUUCUUCGAGCACUGUGGGUGCGUUUAUUACCAGGAACUGAUCGCACAUUGGAUUCUCGAAGGCUACAUAGAUCCUGUUAAAUCGGUUGAGAAUGCCUAUAAGGAUGGCCAUAAUGUCAUGAUGGAGCUUAUAAAAUGUGGUUUGCUGAAGAUAGAAGAGGAUAAUGUGGUUAUGCCAGAGGUUGCGAUGAAGAACUUAAUCCAUCUUCAGCCUCAUGGGUCAGGCACAUCUAGAAUUGGACUUGCUAAAGUAUGUGGUGGUGACAUGAAAAAAGGGCUAGGGAGAAUCAACCAGGAGGAUGGCGUCAUUGAAGGAGUGCGAGGGACGGGGAAAGGGAAAAAAAUCACCACAGUUCUGGUUAACGGAAACCGAUUGUGUCGUGAAACUCCCAAAAGAUAUUUCGAAAAAUUGGGUGAUGUUGAAGUGCUAGGCGUUUUUGAACCCAAACUGGACCCUUUUGUCUCUUUCUUAUCGAAACUAGUGAAACUACGGGUGCUUGUGAUCAGGGGCUGUGAUCAACUGGAAGAUAUAGAGGAGCUUAAGGCUCUUCAAGGGUUACGUGUUCUUGAAGUUUCUGGUGGUAGCUCCCUGAAGAUAAUCUCUGAUGGCUUCUUUAUGGCCAUGUCUGAACUUCGGAGUAUUCGCCUAUCUGGACUUCAGAUCAAAUCUUCCCCUUCCAGCAUUUCUCUACUAAAGAAACUUCGCCGUCUCAUUAUUAGGGAUUGUACUGUAUUGGAAGAUUUGCCGGACAUACAAGAACUGGGGAUGCUUGAAGUUGUUGAUGUCUCUGGUGCUCGUGGACUUGAAACUUGUUUCGACAAAGGAAAGAAAAACAAAAGCAAGAACCAAAACUUUUAUCACCUUCAACAACUUCAACUUCUUGACUUGUCGGAGAGCCAAAUAGACAGACUUCCAAUAUUCCAGGAUGCUGAGGUCGCCGCAAAGCUUCACUCUCUGGCUUGGCUCUUGUUGCGCAACUGUAGGAAGUUGGUGAGAUUGCCUAAUCUGAAGCCCUUGUCAGGUCUCCAAGUUCUUGAUCUUUCCGGCUCUACUAGCUUAGGGAAAAUCUUGGAAGUAUGUUUCGAGGAUAAGAAGGAACUCAGAGUUCUUAACCUGUCAGGAACUAAUCUUUGCCGGUUACCUACCACCAUUGCGGGACUGUCGAAUCUCAGUAAACUCCUUUUGAAGAACUGUCCCAACCUAGAAGCUCUACCAAACAUCCAAAAACUCACAAAUCUCGAGGUCUUUGAUGUUUCCGGGUGUAGCAAGUUGCAUACAGUAAAAGGGUCAUUUGUGGACAUGCCUUACCUACAUGAAGUGAAUCUCCGUGGAACUAAAGUGGAGACACCAGAGUUCCCAAAGGAAAGCAAAAUCCGUUGCCAAAAGCAUAUUAUUCUGGGAGAUGAAAGGCCUUUUCAAGGUGGGGAUUGGAGCCAAGUAAUGAAAGCCAUAGAAUAUGAGAUAACUGGAAAUUCCAGCUCCUCUGAUGCAGUUUCUAAAUCCCAAGAAAUCUCAGAAAAGAAGUCCGGAGAGGAUCAGUUAAGUGAACUUGCCUGA